GGGACUUUGGUGACCUUGAAAUCGGGUUGACUGUUCAAAUGAGUGAUACAUCUAUCCACUUACAAUUGAAGUACAAUGGUCAGCCGAUCACAGUUAAUUGUUUAUCUUCUGAACACAACGUUUCUGAUCUUAAGGAAGAAUUGUUCAAAUUAACUAGGGUUUUACCGAAAAAUCAGAAAAUUCUAGGUCUACGGACAACAAACAAUGAUCCUGUUGUCGACUCAACAACAUUAUCAUGCCUUGUGUUAAAACCCGGGACCAAGUUAAUGCUUAUAGGAUCUACCCAGGAGGAAAUUCUUAAGGUUAAUAAUACGGAAGAUAGUCCUGAUGUUGUUGAUGAUUUCGAUUUCAAAGAAGAAGACGUACAACUCUGUAAUGUUGCAGAAAACAUAGAGAAAGUUGCAAGACGUUGUAAAGCCUACCGUCCACGAAAAUUAUGUGAAUUCAGAGAUGGUAAGAAGUUGCUUGUUCUGGAUAUAGACUACACGAUCUUCGAUCAUCUUACACCAGCCGAAUCAGUGCAUCAGUUGGCUCGUCCUCAUUUAAUAGAAUUUCUAACACGUGCAUAUGUUUAUUAUGAUAUCGCAAUAUGGUCUGCUACGAGUAUGACAUGGAUUCUGGCAAAAUUAGGUCAGCUAGGUAUUAUACCAUUACAUGUAGCCAAAACAUUUCAGCAUCGAAAUAAUACAAGUGAUGGUACAAGUUCUACAAAUAACAAUUCAGUGCUCUCGGAAGAUUUGAAUACAACUGAUGAUCAGUACAAUAAGUCGUUCCGAAUAGCUCUAAUUCUCGACUCCUCGGAUAUGAUUAGUGUCAACUUUACUGAACAUGGUAUCAAAGAAGUUAAACCCUUAGCUGUUAUAUGGAAUAAUCACCCUCAAUGGGGACCGCAUAACACAAUUAUGUUUGAUGAUGUCCGUAGGAAUUUUAUCAUGAAUCCACAAAGUGGGUUAAGGAUUCGAUCAUAUCGUGAUGCUCAUGUAAAUUGUUCUCAUGAUCAUGAAUUAUUACAUUUAAUUAAAUAUUUAGAAUUAAUUGCUUUAAAUGAACAAGAUUUCACACAAUUAAAUCAUAAUCAUUGGUAUCAUUAUGUACAUAAACAUCGUAAACAAUUAGAAAUAUUAAAAAUUAAACAAAAAAAACAAUUAAAACUAUAUCAAAACAAUGAAACAAUAACUGAUCAAUCAUAUGUUGUACAAUCAUCUAUUUCAUUUUCAUCCUCUUCUCAAUCAUCCAUUUGUAUAUCUACAAUCAAUAACAAUAAUAAUGUUGUUUCUGUUCCAAUCAUAUCUUUGUCAUAUACAGUACAUGAACCAAUAGAAUCUUCAUCAAAUUCUUUGUCUACCAAUCUUACAUCAUUGACAACUAACAAUACUACUACUACUACUACUACUACUACUACUACUACUAGUAGUGGCCAAAAACGUGUACAUGACAAAAAUCCCGAUGAUGAUGAUAAUAAUAAUAAUAAUGAUGAUGAUGAUGAUAUCAUUCAUGAUGAUAACAAUCAUUGUGUUAAAGGAAAGAAUUAAUACUUCUCAAAGAGAAUACUAAUAUAAUAUAAAUAGAAAAUUCUUUUAUAUACUCUGUAAUGGAAGGUAACUUUUUCUCAUAUUCUGAUGGUGAUGAUGAUCAGAUGUUUUCAUUUACUUGCUUAAUUCAAACAAACAAAACGAAGAGAAAACAUAUGAGUUUGAAUUUUUAUUCCCCGUUUAUUGUAAUUAUCAUUUAUGCAUAUAUUUAUAUUUAUUAGUUAA